UCUGCUUGCUAGUAUCUUAGCACGCUAGCUAGUUACACUUGCUGCGUCGUAGGAUCGACAUUACCGCUGCAAGCUGACCCGGUGCAGCACAUCGUUGCGAGCGGUAACAGCCGUGAAACGAUAACGCACCGCGUCAUUGCAGCAAUUAUCGCUUAACAAAGCUUCAAGCAGCAAGAUGCGCCAAGCAUUGCUGUGCGCGGCGACGGCCGCAGCGUUACAAGCACCGGCGAACGAUUUGGUAUUAAGACUAGCACGAGGCGAGCAAGUAGAGCGGGCCCCGGUCUGGCUCUUCCGCCAGGCGGGCCGGCAUAUGCAAGAGUACCGCGACUACAAGGCCAAGACGGGCAAGCACUUCCUCCAGCUGUUAGACGACCCGAAGGACGUCGCCGAGGUGACGAUGCAGCCUCUUAGGCGGUAUGCGGUCGAUGCUGCCAUCUUGUUCAGUGAUAUUUUAGUGGUUCCGCAAGCGCUCGACAUUCGCGUCGAGAUGCCGGGCGGUGUUGGUAUUGUGGUGCCGGAGCCGCUGACUUCCGCUGCCAUGGCGGACGAGGCCGCGGCGAAGGCGAGGGCGGAUCCUGCUUCACUUGUAGCAAAGCGACUGAAGCAUGUGACGCGCGGCGUCGAGGAGAUUAGGUCUGCGCAAUUGGCCGAGAACUUAGAUAGAACGCUACUCGGCUUCUCCGCGGCGCCCUACACGCUGUUCUUCUACUCUGUAGGUGGUUCUUCCAAGAACCAGGCGCCUGGCGCUCAAUUCAGCAAGGAGAACGCCCAGAGCACACAAAAUUUGCUGGAGGCCUACACGGACCUAGUCGUAGAAUAUCUGUCGGCCCAGGCGGACGCGGGAGCCCACGCGUUGCAAGUUUUUGAAGCGAUGGGCAUGACGUUGGGGGCCAAAAUGUUCGAGGAACUCGCUUUACCGCAUCUGGAAGCCCUGGCGUCGAAGCUGAAAGCUAGACAUCCGGACGUGCCUCUGCUGGUCUUCGCUAGAGGUGUCGAGGACCCUCUGUCGGUCAACCUGCGACUCCAGAAGGCGGGCUACGACGUCAUCACGCUAGAUGGGGAAGCCCACCGCUCAAAGAGCCGCGAUGCGUUAGGUGCUUCCCAAGUGCUCCAGGGCAACUUCGACCCGAAACUCCUGCUGCCGGACUCGUCUCAAGAAGCCAUCCACGCCGAGGUCGUGGCGAUGCUCGAGGCGUUCGGGCCGGACAAGCUCCUCGCGAAUUUGGGCGAGGGCCUCGGGGGCAAGGAGGACCAGGGGCUGGUCGACUUCUUCGUGAAUGAUAUUCAUGCCACGUCCGCGAAGAUGAUCUCAGGAUAAAUAUAC